AUGUCGACCAAGGAGGCGGAAAGCCGCGCGGCAACACAGGCAACUACUCCUGCGUCGAUGCGCAAUGGGUCGUCUGCGUCCACUGCCGUUCCACCAUCAAGUGACACCGGUCCAGCAGGACGGGAGCGCAGCCAGCAGCAGACCAGCAGCUCCUCCUACUCAGAGCCUCUGCGCUAUGGUGCAAAUAUGCCAGCAUCAUACGAGCCACUGUUUGACGGUGCGUACGACAGCGAUCAUGAAAUGGACGGGGCUAAGGAUGCUGUCCCACCCGACACAUGUCCCGCGGCAUACAUUCUCGAGUGGGGCCCGCAGCAGUCUUGCGUUCGCUCCCCUCUCGAUAUCGACGACGCCGUGCUCAGCAGCGUCUCUUCUUUGUCCGGCGGUGUAGCGGGCGAAAGCUCCUCGCGCGUGAACUUCCUUCGCCAUGUGUGGCAGUGCGACCACAAAUUGCCGUUGUCACCAUCCGUGGCAGGGCGCAUGUUUGUCGGGCUACCGGCAUCAGCUACGUGCAGGCUCUACGUCCUUCGUGACACUGGCGAUGAGGAGACCAAUCGUCUUCUCUGCGCUACCUUUGACGUGGAUCCGGCAUUCAUGUCCGCUCACAUUUCUGGACAACGGUACCGCCCGAGAGAUCGUCCGUGGCGUGGUGGGAAGGGACAUAGUGCCACGUUUUCGGCAUGUUCCUACGUGUACCCGCAGACGCUCACUCUCACCGUGAACAAGCCGCUUCCAACGGGUUCGCCUCGUGGCAGUGGGAGUAACAGUCAACUGGAUGGACCAGGUGCAAAGCCUCAGACUCCUGCAUCCCAGGCUCCUCUCGACAACGGCCUGCAGCACCAGGAAAAGAACGAGGCGACUGCCCCUGUGGCGGAGUCGAAGGCUCCCAGUCAAGAGCCCCGGCACUCCUCGCCUACCUACGAUCCAAAGACAGAGAUGAUCAGCAACCCAGUCGUCAUGUUCUGUCGCGCAAGCCUCUGGGCGAGUCCACGUGCCAAUGUUCUCUUUCUCGACCGCAAUCCUUCAUCCACUUCUCUCGAAGAUGCUCUGUUAGAGGCUCUGGAUGACACGAUGGGGCCUGAUUCUGCCCCAGACCAGAGUGACAAUGGAACACAGCUGGCAACAGCAGCCAGGACGCUUGAAGAUUCGCUCUCUGGGCUUGUCUACGACCAAUGGCUGGACUUUGUUGAUACACUCAGUGUCAGCAACCGCGAAAUCAACCCGGGAAGAAUCAACAGAAAGCUUCUUUGGGGAAUGUCGCAGUACCUGGAGCAGAAUCUGACCAUAGCUCGCACGCACGAAAAGAAGGUACACAUGGCAAAGCAGCAUCAGCUUCAGUCGGCACAAGAGACGGACAAGGCUUCGUUGGAAAAUGCAGGUCCCUUCUACUAUGAUGGGCAGCAAUUUGCAGGCUCGGACGACUGGAAGGAGCUUCUCUCCCGCCUAGAGCGAAUUGUGGCAUUACUUCCGUUGCAGAGUCGGAACCCAUUGGUUGCUGCCACAGGUGGUAACAUGGCCCGAUUCACCGCGUCAGACACGUCAUAUACUGUCAACCGCAUCCCCUCUCAGGACACUCAAGAAGUGGCCAUUCAUAGUGCACCGGAGCUUGGUCUAGGCAGUAGCACAUCCACUCCAAAAGGCCCUCUCCCUGGUGGCAUCAAUGACCCAUCUCGACAGCCGUUCAGUCGCACGCCGGAGGGACAAGAAGCUCUCAGCAGAAUAUCUUACAUGGGUGGAAUCUUGCUGCCGUUCUCUAUCAUCGCCGGCGUACUCUCCAUGUCAGAUCCGUUUGGUCCGGGCGACCGCCUAUUCUGGGUCUUCUGGGUCAUCACGCUUCCCAUAACAUGCUUUACGCUAACCAUUAUUUACGCCGAUGACAUUCGAAAGGCUUACAUCUGGAAGCCCAUGAGCCACAAGAGCCUCCAAGACGCCAUCAACAAAGGCGAAGCCGUCACUGCCGACGCGGCGGCUCGUCUGGCGCACGCGGCUGAGAGAGUCAUUGACAAGUUCUCUUCCGAUGGAGACCCGGAGAUUGAGACAGAUCCCGUGGCAUCGGCGGUUCGCCUCGUCGACGCUCGUGGCAGCAACGGACGGCGGGCUAGGGUCCGUGUCACGACCAAAUCAGGUCCAGGUGGACCGACGUUCUACCGACUUGCCGAUGUGUCCAAUCCCGAGAGCCCACCAGUGUCCCCAGUUUCGGCUCAAGGACCUCCACUCCCCGAACCUGCGACCGUGAGGAUAGCGACGGCUAACGUCGAACUCUCAGGCGCUAUUCAACACGCUCGAGUACGGCGCCGCCUCGGCAUUUUGGGCCCGUUGCAACAGCUUUGGCCCCGAAAGAGCCAACCGAAUGUGCCGGCGUCAACUUCGUUACAUAAUGCUAGCUCAGCUCGGUUCGCAGACGAUGUUGAGCCAGGUCUCCCGUCGGGCGACACGGUGGUUAUCGACGUCGUCAGACCUAACGUGGACAGCGGCACUGCUGAGAUGUUCAGCCGGCCUGUUUCUGGCCUCAAUGUCGCCGCCCCUGGCUGUCCGACGAUUCUCCUGGAGCAGCGCAACGACGAAUUACAGCCCAAGGCAUGGCGUCUGCAGCAGCUUGGCUGGGUGGGAGCUUUCAAGACCAUGGUCGGCUACCAGCGACCGCGUGACGCCUAG